AUGAUUCCUAAUGAAAUUUCGCGCCUUCGUUGCGCAUUUCUCAAACAACUGUCAAAUCGCAUCCGUCAUUUUUCCAUCAUGGAAUAUUAUAGAUCGGUCCGUCCCGUUCCACCUCCAGCGGAAAUCAGUUUAACAACAUCGUGUGUGAAAAAGGAAAUAAAUAUCCCAAUAAGUUCGUCGACAAGACCUUAUGUUGGUCCUCAGAUAUCCACAAGACAACCGGUCCCUGUAGAAGUAAUUUUCGCUAGCACAGUGUCAUGGGCGUCUCCAACACAACCCCAAAAUCCUAGGUUUCUAAAGGUUGCUCUCCUUGGUCUGCCGAACUCAGGGAAAAGCUCAUUCCUGAACUCUAUUCUAAACUCCACAGUUUCAGCCGUUUCCCCCAAAGUGAACACCACCAGGUUCCAAGUCUGGUUAAUAUUAUUAUUUAGAGAGGAUAUCAGGGGAAUCUUUACAGUAGAUAACUGUCAAAUUGUGCUAAUUGAUUCACCCGGAAUCAUCGCAUCCCAUAAAAGGAGAAAGUUCUGUAAAGAUUUGGUCAGAACUGCUUGGAAGGGCUUUGAUGAAGCCGACCUUUGUUUGUUUUUGGUGGAUGCUGUUAAACGACCAAAGAGUGAUUUGUACAAUAUUUUGAGAGUUCUUUCCGGGAAGAACCCUAUAGAAGAACAUGUUGGAAGUUCUCAAAGAUCGAUCAGUCCCAAUUCAUAUGAAACUUCACUAGACGACCCUUUUCCAGACGAUUUUGAAGAGAGUAUAGAUUCCGAAGAGGAAGAUCUAUUUGAGGAUAAAACUGGUAGAAGAGAGGUGCCAAUAGCCCUGGUAUUGAAUAAGAUAGACCUUGUUUCUCAUAAAAAAUGGGUAAAGUCUCGAGUCAAGGAAUUGAAUGUCCAUGGGAACUUUUGUGAUGUUUUUUAUACCAGUGCCAAGUACUCCAUGGGAUUCACACCUUUAAUCAAUUUCCUUAAACUAUCUUCCAAGCCUGCACCCUGGGUUUACCCAUCAGAUAUGGUAACAACUAUGAGCAAGGUCAAGGUCGUUGAGCAGUUGGUCAGAACUUAUAUUUUCUGUUGGUUCAACAAGGACGUUCCUUACAAGGUUGAACAGAGUAUAAUAGGCUGGACUUACGCUGAGAACGGCACUCUAAAUAUAGAGAUGGAGCUGUAUGUUAGGACUGUGAAGGUUGCAAAGAUGAUUUGUGGAAUUAAGGGUAGGAUUUUAAAUCAGCUACAGAAAAAUGUAUCAUACAAGCUGAGCAAGAUGUGGAAUGAGGCGGUCUUUCUUUUUGUACACGUUAAAUUAAGAUAA